UACAUAUAAUAAAUAAAUAAAUCUAAAAAACCAAAAACAAAAAACCAAAGGUGUGGGAGAGAUUAGGAGACAGGAAGCUCCCUUGAGAAUGGACAUACAAUGAAGCAUCCCUAAGGGGGAUGGUUGAGGAACCUAGUAGUUUCUUGGCAUCCAGUAGGUCCCUAUCUUGUUCAUGGGAAGGCUGCAGAACAUGAGUGUACAGUGGUGUGGUCGUCCUUCCUUCCAGGGAAUGUUUGAAUGACUUCAGGCACAAUGCAGGAUUUAUUUAACCAGUGUUUGUGGCAGGACCCCUGUUUUCCAGGGUUGGUUGUAGGGCUACCCCUCUGUGGAACUUUGCAUUGUUCCUUAUAAUUGGCUGGGUGUGAGACAAUGGGAGUUCCACUUUGGGGGAGGGGGCUCACUUUUGGAGGUGGUGGCCAGGUUUCUAAGUGCUGGGGGGUGGCCCUUGGUGCCUGAUGGGUACCUUAUCAGCAAGUGCCAGACAAGAGCAGGCCUUGCGUGAGCCCUGUUAUCAGCCCCAGAGUCCACAGGACACUUGGGUUAAUGUGUAACCACAAGACUUCCCUCUGCCCUCUGAAGCCACUGGCUCCUAAAGAGAAGCAACUCAGCAUGGAUGCUAGAAAAGAGGGGCUGCCCCUGGAGACACUCUUUUCAGACCAAGUGAGAACCUGUAAGUACCCACAGGUCCGCAGGUGGCUGGCCCCCUUCAUCCUUGCCUGCUCCCUUUACUUCCUCCUCUGGAUUCCUGUGGACCAGCCAUCUUGGGUCAGUGCCCUGAUCAAGUGCCAGCCCAUUCUCUGCCUGGUUGUGUUCCUGUGGGCUGUGGCCCCUGGUGGGAGCAGCACCUGGCUCCUGCAGGGAGCUCUUGUAUGUUCUGCUGUGGGAGAUGCCUGCCUCAUCUGGCCUGAAGCUUUCUUUUAUGGCACGGCAGCCUUCUCUGUUGCCCACUUAUUCUACCUCGGGGCUUUUGGCCUGACCCCACUGCAGCCCGGAUUGCUGCUGUGCACCACCUUGGCCUCUCUGACAUACUACAGCUUCCUCCUGCUACACCUUGAGCAGGGCAUGGUCUUGCCCGUGAUGGCCUAUGGGCUGAUCUUGAACUCCAUGCUGUGGCGCAGCCUUGUCUGGGGUGGAAGUGCUAGCUGGGGUGCUGUGCUCUUUACAUUCUCAGAUGGUGUGCUGGCCUGGGACACUUUUGUCUACUCUUUACCUUUUGCCCGCCUAGUGACCAUGAGCACCUACUAUGCAGCCCAGCUCCUCCUCAUCCUGUCGGCUCUCAGGAACCCGGGGCUCAAAACCCACUAAUGCAGGCCUCAGACAGCCUGGUAUCCCCUCCCAUAGGGACCUUGGCUUUCCACACUGACCCAGCCUGGCAAGUGAAUGCUUCCAGUCAUAUGCUGACAGAUAUGUGGCCAUCUUUAACAUCUGUAUACUGUUGGCAGAAUUUCAGAUCUACCACUGAUUUCAAACUGCCUUCCCUGGCUUCUUCUGGAUUCCAGGACCCUCAACCCAACCCAUAUCCUGUCUUCCCCUCCCCAUGCCCACUUCCUUUUCCCAGUCAGCCUUUCCUAUCCACCUGCCCCUUCACACUGCUCCAGAUCUGGUUCUAGCUGUUUAAGUAAAAUGAGUGUUGGAA